GAGGAGGAAGCAGAGAAAACAACAGCAAGCCUGUCGGGUCAGUGACAGACAGCAGCCGCACUGAGGUGUCCCGUCUAGACCAGUAGUCAAAAAUCAGUCUAAUAUCACUCCUUGCUGUCGUCCCGAGGGCAAGAUGUCUUUGUUUGGGAAGUUGUUUGGUAGCAGUGGAAAAGGGGGCAAAUCUUCAAGCCCCCAAGAGGCUAUCCAGCGACUGCGAGAAACAGAAGAAAUGUUGACCAAGAAACAAGAAUUCCUGGAGAAGAAGAUCGAACAGGAGCUUGUAACGGCCAAGAGAAACGGCACGAAGAACAAACGAGCUGCAUUGCAGGCACUGAAGCGUAAGAAGCGCUAUGAGAAGCAGUUAGCUCAGAUUGAUGGCACUCUUUCUACCAUCGAGUUCCAGCGUGAGGCGCUAGAGAACGCUCACACCAACACUGAGGUCAUCAAGAAUAUGGGCUUUGCUGCUAAGGCCAUGAAAGCUGCCCAUGACAACAUGGACAUCGACAAAGUGGAUGAACUCAUGCAGGACAUCACAGAACAGCAGGAGCUGGCGCAAGAAAUUUCAGACGCAAUCUCAAAGCCUGUCGGGUUUGGGGAGGAAUUUGAUGAGGUAAGAUUAAAACAAGCAAACUCCGAGUCCACAGCCAUGAUGAACCUUCACCUGCUGAGUUUUUGGGAGAUUUCCAUGUGCUUUCACAAAGAUGCCGUUUACUCCCUGUCUUUCAUAAAUGCAGCAAAGAAGAAAGAAGAAGAGGAUGAGGAUGACAUGAAAGACCUGGAGGCGUGGGCUGCCAAUUAAUGCUCCCCGAAACCCAUACACGCUAUACAAGGCAUAAACCUCACUCCAAUACCUGUUACUAAAGGACCUGGAAGGACUCUUCAGUAUGUUACAGUAUGACAUUUG